AGAUUUAAUGUCACUUGACUGGUCUGACUACUGCUACUAGAGAGAGAAGAAGGCUUAGAGUUAUGAAGCUCCUGUUGGUGCUUCUUUGUGCAUUCCUGGCAGUGUCAAGUGCAGCAAAGAAGUCUAGCAAUGUGAAGGGAAAUAGACAGCCAAACAUUAUUUUAUUUUUAGUCGAUGAUAUGGGAUAUGGUGAUUUACAGGAUUAUGGCAAUCCUACCACCUAUACUCCAUACAUUCACAGGAUGGUAAAGAAUGGACUCAUGUUCACUAACAUGUACAGCCCAAGCCCAGUCUGCUGCCCAUCAAGGGCUGCAAUAUUGACUGGUAGGCAUCAGAUAAGAUCAGGGAUAUAUCCCCAUGGAGUUGACCCUAGUUCCUUAGGAGGUCUUCCCCACGAUGAGAUUACCAUAGCUGAGGGGCUGAAAGAUGUUGGCUACACAACCGGGAUGCUUGGAAAAUGGCAUCUGGGUGUAGGGAAGAAUGGAUCCAACUUGCCAGUUCAUCAUGGGUUUGACUAUUACUAUGGGAUACCCUACACUCAUGAUGCUUGUCCCUGCUCUGUUUGCUUCUAUCCUGAUGUAGGAUGCUAUCAGAACCCAGCCACACCAUCAACCUGCCACCCUGCUGAAGAGUUUGUCGGGUGUCCAAUAAUCGAGAACAAGUCUAUACUCCAGCAACCAGUGGACCUACUCACACUCAACUAUCACAUGACUAAUGCUGGCACAAACUUCAUCAGGAGAUCUGCAGCUUCAGGACAACCUUUCUUUCUUUAUUUUGCAUUCCAUCACACUCACUGGCCUCAGUUUGCUGGUAAGAUGUUUCGAAAUUCAAGUAUUGCAGGACCUUUUGGUGACACUCUACGUGAGAUUGACUGGUCUGUUGGACAAGUAUUUGAAGCUCUUUACGAAACUGGAACUUACGGCAAUACAUUUGUACUAUUCACUGCAGACAAUGGACCAGAUCUAGAACAGCAGGAAUAUGGUGGCAGUGCUGGUCCUUUCAGAUGUGGUAAAGUCUCCACGUGGGAAGGAGGUUUUAGAGUGCCUGCAAUUGCCUGGUAUCCUGGAAAGAUUGCUACUGGCAGGACUACAAAACUGGCCGCAGGAUAUGAUAUUUUACCAACUUUUUUUAAUUUGGCUGGAGCUACCAUACCGAGCGAUCGUAAGAUGGAUGGCUUUGACCUUGCACCUAUUCUUUAUAAUAAACAAGACACUGAGAGAACAAUAAUACCAUACUUCCCUGAAAAUGCUGAUCCCAGCAUAGGCCCUUAUGCAUUAAGAUGGAAGCACUACAAAGCUCACUUCUAUACAAAAGGUGGCAAUGCUCCUCCUACUCAUUAUGAUGUUCUGUGUCGGAACACGACUGAACUAACAGCACAUGAUCCUCCUCUCCUCUUUAACCUCUGGACUGAUCCAGGAGAAAGGGAUCCACUGACUGAAAAUGAUUCAAUGUAUUAUUAUCUUCUUGAGAAGAUGGACGAGCUUCGUACUGACUUUAUGAAUGACAUGGAGUGGCAUACUUCCUUUGAAGAAGAUGGGGAAGAUGAUUCUGUGCAACCAUGUGCCAAACCAGGCUGCAGCCCAUGGCCUUAUUGCUGCACAAUUGAUUUGCUUAAUAAUCCAGAGGAGCACAGUUCUAACAGACUUUAAACUAAUAAGCUGAUAUUAUUAUUAUAUUAUUGUAUGUGCUAUAUAGUUGAACUGAACUUGUCAUAGUUAUAGUUCAUUGUUUGAGAUCAUAGACUAUUAUCAUGAA